AUGACCCACCUGAGCAACAACGAAUUCACCCCCCUUCCCCUCCCCCCGGGCCUCGAAGACGACUACAUCGACUGCACCCCCUCCUGCGGCCUGAAAUACCACAUCAUCAAAGCCGGCCACCCCGGCGCACCCCUCAUCCUCUUCUGCCACGGCUACCCGGAACUCGCCUUCUCCUGGCGCAAAAUCAUGCCCGCCAUCGCAGCCCAAGGCUACUACUGCAUCGUCAUGGACCAACGCGGCUACGGUCGCACCACCGGCUGGGAGAACAGCAGCUAUGAGGAUGUGGAUUUGACUCAGUACACCAUGACCAAUCUCGUCCGGGACCUCGUCUGCCUCGUUUACGCUCUAGGUUACAAAUCCGUAUACUGCAUCAUCGGGCACGAUUUCGGGGCCGUCAGCAGCGCCAUGGCCGCGCUCAUACGACCGGAUAUUUUCAAAUCGACAAUUCAAAUGAGCCAUCCUCACCACGCGCCCCCCGCGCCACCUUUUGGAGCCGAACAACCAAAGAAGAAACUCGAUAUCCAGGGCGAACUGGCCAAAUUAGAUCCUCCGAGGAAACACUACAAAUGGUACAACUCCUCCCCCCCCGCCGCCUCAGACUGGGAUAAUCCGUCCCAAGGCCUCGAGGCCUAUCUACGGGGGUACUUCCACCUCAAAUCCGCCGAUUGGAAGGGUAAUAACAACACCCACCCCUUGAAAUCCUGGACCGCGCAAGAUCUGGCCGAGAUGCCGGAAUAUUACAUUAUGAAAAAAGAACACAGUAUGCCCGAGACCGUCGCGGCAAAUAUGGUGGGCGAAGACGCCACGAAAACCGAGGCCUGGCUUCCCGCUGCUGACCUCAGGAUCUACGUCCGCGAAUGGACCCGCACGGGAUUCCAGGGCGCACUGAACUGGUACCGGGCCCAAACUUCCUCUACCCCGCAAUCAGCGAAGGACAUGUUCCUCUAUGCUGGCCGGCGGAUAGAAGUCCCCUGUGUGUUUAUUAGUGGGAAGCAAGACUGGGGGAAUUUCCAGCAGCCGGGGGCUUUUGAGGGGUAUGAGGAUGAGAGUUUGGUGAUGAAAGGGUGUUUUAGGGGAGCGAGGAUCGUGGAGGGGGCGGGACAUUGGGUUCAGCAGGAGCGGGCUGAGCGGGUGAUUGAGGAGGUGAAGGGGUUUUUGGAGGGGUUGAAGAGGGAGGAGGAGGAGGAGGAGGUGGAGAAGUAG